AUGAAGUUAGACGUCAAGCGCCAGCUCUACGCUCGCAGCGAGCGAGUCAAGGGCAUUGACUUCCAUCCCCAAGAACCAUGGAUCCUCACCACCCUCUACAGCGGCCACGUCUACAUCUGGUCCUACGAGACUCAACAGAUUGUCAAGACCUUUGAGUUGACCGAUGUCCCCGUCCGCGCCGGUCGAUUCAUCUCCCGCAAGAACUGGAUCGUCUGCGGAUCCGACGACUUCCAACUCCGUGUCUACAACUACAACACCUCUGAGAAGAUCACCUCGUUCGAGGCGCACCCCGACUACAUCCGAGCCAUCGCCGUCCACCCCACGCAGCCGUUUGUGCUUACCGCCUCCGAUGACAUGACCAUUAAGCUGUGGGAUUGGGAAAAGGGCUGGAAAUGUGUACAGGUUUUUGAGGGCCACGGCCACUAUGUCAUGGGCCUCGCCAUCAAUCCCAAGGACACAAACACCUUUGCCUCUGCUUGUCUUGACCGCACCGUCAAGAUCUGGAGCCUGGGAUCCUCCACCCCCAACUUCACCCUGGAAGCCCACGAGACCAAGGGUGUUAACCACGUCGACUACUACCCCCACUCCGACAAGCCAUACCUUUUGACCACUUCGGACGACCGAACUGUCAAGAUUUGGGAUUACACCACCAAGUCGCUGAUUGCCACCCUCGAGGGCCACACCAACAACGUCUCGUUCGCCUGCUACCACCCCGAAUUGCCCGUCAUCAUUUCCGGUUCCGAGGACGGUACCAUUAGAAUUUGGCACGCCAACACCUACCGAUUCGAGCAGUCGCUCAACUACAGCCUCGAGCGAGCGUGGUGUGUUUCAUACCAGAAGGGCAAGCAAGGCAUUGCCGUGGGUUUCGACGAUGGUGCUGUCGUUGUCAAGCUGGGCCGGGAGGAGCCUGCGGUGUCCAUGGACCCCUCUGGCAAGCUGAUCUGGGCCCGCCACAACGAGGUUGUUUCCGCCAUCAUCAAGGGAGGAGAUGCCUCCGUCAAGGACAACGAGCCGAUUUCGCUUCCGACCAAGGACCUCGGCACCUGCGAGGUGUACCCCCAGACCCUGAUUCACUCUCCCAACGGCCGCUUCGUCGCUGUGUGCGGUGAUGGCGAGUACAUCAUCUAUACUGCUCUGGCUUGGCGAAACAAGGCUUUCGGAUCGGCAUUGGACUUUGUUUGGGCCUCCAAGGACAACAGCAACGACUUUGCCAUCCGCGAGUCCCCCAUGACGGUUAAGCUGUAUAAGAACUUUGUCGAGAAGGCCGGAGGCUUGGACGUUGGUUUCCAGGCUGACCGACUCCAUGGUGGAGUCUUGCUCGGUGUUACUGGUCAGGGCGGUGUUUCGUUCUUUGACUGGGCCACCGGUGGUUUGGUUCGAAGAAUCGAGGUUGAGCCCAAGCAGGUCUACUGGUCAGACAGCGGAGAGCUGGUGACGAUUGCUUGUGAUGAUACCUUUUACGUGCUGCGAUUCUCGCGCGAGAGCUACGUCGAGGCCGUACAAGCUGGCCAAGUGGAGGAGGAUGGUGUUGAGGCUGCUUUUGAGGUCAUCACUGACAUUAGCGAAAGUGUGCGAACUGGAGAGUGGGUUGGCGACUGCUUCAUCUACACCAACAGCACGAACCGUCUCAACUACCUUGUUGGCGACCAGACCUACACCGUGUCUCACUCCGACAAGCCCAUGUACAUCCUCGGUUACAUCCAAAGGGAUUCUCGAAUCUACCUCGCAGACAAGGACGUUGGCGUUACGUCAUUUGCUCUAUCACUACCGGUUCUGGAGUACCAGACCCUGGUGCUCCGAGAGGACAUGGAGACGGCUGCCGAGCUGCUCCCUACGAUUCCCGAGGAUCAGCUGAACAAGAUUGCACGCUUCUUGGAGGGACAGGGCCAUAAGGAGCUUGCCCUGGAGGUGGCUACGGACCCCGAGCACAAGUUCGAUCUUGCACUUGGAUUGAACCAGCUCGAGGUUGCGCUGGAGCUUGCUCGCGAGGCUGACGUUGAUCACAAGUGGAAGACUGUUGGAGAUGCUGCCCUGGCCGCCUGGGAGGUGACUCUGGCUGCUGAGUGCUUCACCCACGCUAAAGACCUGGGAUCUCUUCUCCUCCUGCACUCAUCGACCGGCGACCGCGAGGGCUUGGCCGCUCUUGCUGCGCAGGCGCAAGAGGCCGGCUCUCACAACGUUGCCUUUUCAUGCCGCUGGCUGCUUGGCGAUGUUGAGGGCUGCACCAAGAUCUUGGCCCAGACCAACCGAUUUGCCGAGGCGGUCCUGUUCUCGCAGACUUACAGGCCCAGUUUGACGGUACCAGCUGUGGCUGAGUGGAAGGAGAAUCUCGAGAAGAGCAAGAAGGGACGUGUUGCCAAGCUGAUUGGUGUCCCUACAGAAGAUGAGGACCUAUUCCCCGAGUGGGAUGCAUGGUUGAAGCUGGAGACCGAGGGUGGUGCCGGCGAGACCAAGGUGGAUGAGGCGGACGAUGGCCAAGAGGCUACGGAGGAGGAGGAUAGCGAAGAGGACGACGAGUAG